UCGGUCGGUCGGUUGGACGGUCGGUCGGUGCCAACCUGCCGUAUUUGUCUGUGAAGCGUUCGCCGUUCGCGGGGCUUUUGUAGCUACGAAAUGCGGCACGUGUGUUUGUGCCCAUUGUUUCACUGCGUAAACUGUCAACCACUUAGCGAUUAGCUUGGUGCUUUGCAGUGACGUUUUUGUGUGUAUCGUUCCAACAAAUAACACAUAUUGAUCGAAGAAUUGUGUUUAUCAAGACUAACCAUGAGCGCCCAGUUGCUGUGCAGUUCGUAAACAACAGUUUAGUAGAUGGAAAUGAAAACUUGUAGUGAGAAAAACUUGUGAAGGUUUAUGUGAAAAAAGGGCUGUAAUAAUCUACCCAUAAAACUACUGUCAUGAAGUGCAGCAAAAAGUGCCCUGAGAGAAAAAGAAACCUCCAAAAGAAUUAAAAUAAAGUGUUAAAGUGCUAAUUACACUGGGUGAGAUGAAAAAAUGAACCCAACAAUGCUAGUGUAACAACCUAAAAACCGCACAAAAGGAAACAGGGAGUUACACUUAAAAAAAGGAGGAAAUAAAUUUACGCCAACAAACUGCAACAAACGGCGACCACCAUGACGGAUUUGAUCGAUUUGCGCAUGCAUCAGCACAUUGCGCACGAAAUCUACCGUCAGCAAAUGUUGCAACGGAUACCAGAUCCGUUCCCAACGAUGCUGCCGGUUCCGGUGCCACCGAUGCAUGCGAUGGCGCUGCCACCCCGUUACUCGCUGCCCGGCGUCGAGCUGAAGCUGCAGAACAAGGAGCUGUGGCGAGAGUUUCACAAGAUCGGCACCGAGAUGAUCAUCACCAAAAGUGGACGACGAAUGUUUCCCUCGAUGCGGCUGACGGUGGACGGACUGGAUGCGGACACAAAUUACUGCGUGCUGCUCGAAAUGAUGCCCAUUAGCGACUGUCGGUUCAAGUUCAGCGGCUCCCAGUGGGUGCCGGCGGGCGGGGCCGAACCCCAAAGCCCCCAGCGGUUCUGCCUCCAUCCGGACAGCCCGGCGCUCGGCACGCACUGGGCCUCCCAGCCGAUCGUCUUCAACAAGGUGAAGCUUACGAACAACACGCUCGACAACAAUGGUCACGUUGUACUAACCAGCAUGCACAAGUACCAGCCAAGAAUUCACAUCAUCCGCACGUCCGAUCCGUCCCAGAUUCCUUGGGCGGCCCAGCAAGCGUUCGUGUUCCCGGAAACGGAGUUCGUUGCCGUCACGGCCUACCAGAACGAUCGCAUCACGAAGCUGAAGAUCGAUAACAACCCGUUCGCCAAAGGGUUCCGUGAGACGGGCCAGUCGCGCUGCAAGCGAAAGAUGGGCUGCAACAACACCUCCUCCUCGUCCUCCUCCUCUUCGUCUUCGGGCACUGGUGGCGGUGGCGGUGGGGCAGGAGGCGACAGCGGAGGCGGUGGGCAGUUGACAGACGACGAGGAUCGCCACGACCUGCACGACCUGAUCAAGCGGCCAAGAUCAAACGGUUCGCCGGCGUCCGACUGUACCGUGCACGAGGGUGCCGGACCACCGAUGCAUCAUCCCCGGCUGCACCAUUCCGCCGGGCUGCGGCCGUUUCCCGCCUCUCCCGAGCUACUGAUGCGUCAGUACAAUCAGAUGUUUAACCCGAGCUGGAUGGAUCUGAUGCUGCCAUACUUUGCCCGCCACCACCAUCAACCGUACCCACCGCAUCCGCAUCCUCAUCAGGCGCACCAUCCGCAACAUCAUCACCACCAUCACCAUCCGCACCAUGCGCAACCUCCGGGACCUGGGUUUGGCGGACCGGUAGGACCGAUGGGUCCCGGGUCACUGCUGUCGCCCGCCGGUAGUCAAAUUCCGGCCCCGAUCAUAUCGCCCGCCCACUCCAACCCGGACUCGACCGAUCACGAUCGUUCGUCGGCGUUCAGCGUGCAGACACCGCAGACUAGCGGCAGUGAUUGUGACGCGAGCGAGCGUACCCAACGUCCGGACAGUCCGGAAGGGUCCCCGAAGCCAACGGUUCUGCGACCGGCCGCCAUCAGAGUCGCCGCUCAAGGAUCGAGCCCUACGGAAGCGGUAUCGCAUCAUCACCGGCUGGAUCCGGCCGGCGAUCCAACCGACCCGAAUGGAGAUCCAGAGCGGAAAAUCAACUUUAGCAUUGCCUCCAUUCUACUCCUAUAGUGGGGAAGGGGAGGUAGAGUACAACUCUCCAAGUGGAACCAAGUGCCUUACUAUAGCUGCGAGUUUCCUGCAAAAAUACUCGUGAUACUCGUUUAGGAUCUCGCAAACGACUCCUCGUGCAAAAAGUGUACUCGUAGUCCUCCCGCUGUGUUGGUAGACGUAUAAGAUAGCUAAAUAAAUUUGCUACAAAAUAGAGCAGAUGA